UGUAGCAGUAUGGUCAUUUAUCGUCCACAGAUCCUAUGUAGCGUUCGCGGGCGAGCGCGAAAAAUCGAACGCCGGCGUUCGAAAUUUGAAAUUGUGCAAACAUUUUACUUACGUGAUUUUUAUUGUUAUGUUAGCAUUUGGAUUUAAUUAUUAAAAAUAAUUCAGCAGCAUGGCUCAUACAUUGGCAAGAAACAUUGUGCUUUUGGCAUUAGCUGCAAGUGUUUAUUCAAAAGACUUUGUUGUGCAAUCUCCAGUUGAAGUAACCACUGAGGCUAUAGAAGCUACUACAGAUCAUGUAUUGGAUACUAGAAAUGAGAUGACGGACAAAAGUACCGAAGAACCAAAUAUAAAAGUAUUAGACAAUACUCCUAAGCCUCUGGAAAGCGCCUCAAAACUCCUACUACCAAUAAUUUCAAAUGAUUCAUUCAAUGAUUUUAAAUAUCAAGUAAAAAGGCGAAAUACUACAAUGGUACCCCGAAGGAUGGUGGAAGUACCCAAAAAACCUACAAGACAUAUACUAAAGAAUGAGUAUAAAACACAUGUGCAAUAUGAUGAAGUAACUGGUGAACUGAUUAGCGGUGAACAUCCUUGUCAAAGGGACUGUGUGGAGGGUGGUGAACCAAUGAUAUGUUACUAUCACUUUAGUCUUGAAUUAUAUAUGACUAUGAGUAAAGCUUGUUUUGAUUGUCCAUAUAAUGAAACAGAUUGUGAUAGAAUUGACUGUAUACCAGCUGAUGGGAUCAGUCGACCGUUGACAGUGAUAAAUAGGAAAAUGCCUGGACCUUCUAUUGAGGUGUGCCAAUACGAUCGUAUAAUUGUGGAUGUCGAGAACGAUCUGAUGACCGAAGGCACCACAGUGCAUUGGCAUGGACAGCAUCAGAGGGGCACAAACUACAUGGACGGAACACCAUACAUAACACAGUGCCCUAUUGUACCUGAAACAACUUUUAGGUACCAAUUUAACGCUACCCAAGCUGGGACCCAUUUCUGGCACUCACACUCUGGGAUGCAGAGAGCUGAUGGGGCUGCAGGCCCCUUCAUCAUCAGGAAACCCAAAUCAGAAGAACCACAUGGAGUUCUUUAUGAUUACGAUAGGUUGGACCACGUGAUGCUGAUAACAGAUUGGAUUCAUGACCUGUCCUUAGCUAUGUUCAGUGACCAUCACCACUCUUCCGGAGACAAUAAGCCGCCGACUCUAUUGGUCAACGGUGUGGGCAGGUUCAAAAUAUUUAACGACACCAACAGUACUAAGCCAAAGUAUAUGAAGACGGCAAGAUUUAAUGUUGAACAGGGCUACAAAUACCGUUUUCGUGUCAUCAACGCGGAGUUCUUGAACUGUCCUAUUGAGAUGUCAGUUGAUGGCCACAAUAUCACAAUCAUUGCGUCUGAUGGUUACGACCUGGUCCCUAUUACUGCUACAUCUCUCGUGACGUACGCCGGGGAGCGUUUUGAUUUUGUACUGGAGGCCAACAAUGAAAUCGAUAAUUACUGGAUUCGUUUCCGUGGAUUGAUGGACUGCGAUGAAAGAUUCACUAAGGCAAAGCAAGUGGCUGUAUUGCAUUACGAGGGGGCGAUGGAGGUGGAACCAAGUGGAGAUCCCACCUGGGAGGAGCUACAUAAUGAGGGACUUCAACUAAACGCUCUUAAUAAAGGCGAGGAAGAUGAAGAAACAAUAAGUGUGGCUGAAAUGAGGUCCCUCGAAGGAUACGAUGAUAGUUUGAAGGAGGUCGCAGACUAUCAGUUUUACAUUGCGUAUGAUUUCUAUCCAAAGAACAAUUCUCAUUACCACAGAUCACCAUAUUAUGGAUAUUAUCAAGUUCCAAAUCCCGACAAUCGUCUUUACACACCACAACUCAACCACAUAAGCAUGAAGAUGCCAUCGAGUCCCCUUAUGAUAUCUCGUCCAUCUGCCGAUAACUUCUGCAACGCAUCAAGCAUAGACGAAUCAUGUAAAGAAGGCUAUUGUGAGUGUUCUCACGUUUUAUCAGUCAAAAAGAACGCGGUAGUAGAACUAAUUAUAGUAGACGAGGGUGUCACGUUUGAUGCUAACCAUCCUUUCCAUUUACAUGGCUAUUACUUCAGAGUAGUUGGUAUGAGACGGCUAGCUGAAGAAAUCACUGUAGAUGAAAUCAAAGCAUAUGACAAAGCUGGCCACAUGAAACGAAAUCUGAAAAAUGCUCCACUCAAAGAUACAGUGACGGUGCCGGAUGGUGGCUACACAAUUCUAAGGUUCAAAGCUGAUAAUCCUGGAUAUUGGUUAUUCCAUUGUCAUAUUGAAUUUCAUGUAGAAGUAGGCAUGGCGCUGGUAUUCAAAGUGGGUGAAGAAAAAGAUUUCCCUCCUAUACCACGAGAUUUUCCAACGUGUGGUAAUUAUAUGCCUGAUAAUAUGGUGGAACACGAAACUACACCAAAACCUAGUAAUGAUAAUCAAUUUAUUUCUAUAACACAUUGGUGGCCAGUGGUUUAUGUUAAUAAUACGUCAGGAGCUGUUAAAGUUACGUCAUCAGUUUAUGCUAUUUUAUGUAUCUGGACAUUGAGAAUAUUACUAAGACAUCUCUAGCUUUGAUAAAAAGAAAAAUUUAAACUACGAAGUAUUUUUUAGAAUAAUUUGAAUUCGAAAUUCAAAUUGUUAUUUGAAAAAAGAAAUGUAGACUGAGUUUUUGAGAGAUUACCAGUAGUUUCAUCUCAUUCUCAUUGUUUUGUCACGUUGUGACUGCCAACAUUAAGUGCUUUCCUGAAUUUUCAAUUACAAGUAGGAAAUCAGUUCUUUUUUUGAAAAAUAGAAUUUUCAUUUUUAUUCUAAAUAAUACUUCGAAGUAUCAAUAUUUUGUUAUCUACUGUUGUGUCAGUAGGAUUUAUUUUGUACUUAUAUAAAACGUUAUUUCUUAUAUUUAAACCACCAUCAAUUUAUUUAUUGGACAGUACUUAUAUUAUAUUUAUUGAAGAUCGCCACUUUUCGUUAGUUAACACGCGUUGACCAAUGAUAUUGUAAAUAUUUUCCAACUGUGAUCUAUCUAGUAGCCUUGCCAAAUACCAAAACAUUUAAGAAAUGUUUUACUUUGGGUGUCAGUUAUUUAAGAUAAUAAAAUUAAUUUUCUCAGCAUUCACUUUAUCCAUUGUUAAAUUAGUGGAGGUAUAAUCUUUAUACAUCUUGAUAUAUAAAGUAAUAAAAUAUAAAAUUAUACGCCUUUCUCCAACUUAUCUAAGGUUUUUAUAAAUUCAAAUAGAAUAAAUGUGUUCUUUUAAAUUACUCCGAAUGUGUCUUCUAAUUAACUGAUGCUCAACAUUUAAGAUGGAUGUCGCUGAUGAUAUGUGAUAUUUAAUAGUUAUUAACUAGCCCUAAGAUUUGUGUUAUAAUAUUUAAUGAUU